AGAGUGAGAGAGAGAGAGAGAGACACAAGAGGGUGAUAAGACAGCAUCCCUAACCUCGUGUCAGUGAGAGAGAGCAGCUUCCCAACCAACCCAGAUCCUCCCAGUCCCUCCUAGUCUUCACUUUGUUCCACAUCCAGAAGAGGAACCUCAACACUGUGCUGAGCUACCUACUGCGCUGUGAACCCUACCCUACCUACUGCUCUGUGAACUGUGCCGUCCUACACCAGCUGUUGACAGCCAGACCCACGCCGACUAGUCAGCUACUCCACUACCCCGUCACUGCACUGGGCAACCCACACCACUUCCCCCUCACUGCACUGGGCAACCCUUCCCUCGAGCAGUACACUGUGUCUGAGAAGAGCGCUGGACUGGUGGAGAUGAAGAUGGAGUCCACUCCCACCAUGGACAUGGACGCCCUGAUGUCCCUCCUGUCCAACAUGUCUUCAGAGAGCAGCUGUGCUCCUGUGGACAACACCGUGGAGAACAUGGUGUUCGGAGGUUACUACAUUCUGGUCUUCUUCCUGGCGCUCAAUGGUAACACCUUGGCCCUCUGGAUCUUCUCCCGGCAACGUGGCACAUCCUCUCCCGCUAACGUCUUCCUGCUGCACCUGGCUGUGGCCGACCUCUCCUACGUCAUAAUCCUGCCGCUCCGCGCCACAUACCACCUCACGGGGGGCCACUGGCCGUUCGGCGAGGUUCCGUGUCGAGUCGCCGGCUUCCUGUUCUAUGUCAACAUGUACGCAAGUCUCUACUUCCUGGCGUGCGUGGCUGGGGACCGCUACCUGGCCGUGGUGCACGCUGUGAGGUCACUGAAGGUCCGCCGUGCCCGUUACGCCCACAUCAUCAGCUUCUCCCUGUGGGCUCUGGUCACCGUCUCCAUGGCGCCCCUGCUGGUCACCCGCCAGACUGCGGAGGUGGACGGGAUGACUGUGUGUCUGCAGCUGUACAGGGAGAAAGCCUCCCGUAAGGCCCUCGUCUCUUUAGCCGUAGCCUUCACCCCUCCGUUCCUCUCCACACUGUCCUGCUACCUGCUCAUUAUCCACAGCCUGAGGAGAGGGUCCCGCCUGGAGCCCCAGCUGAAGCUACGAGCCCUGAGGACCAUCGGCCUGGUCAUGCUGAUCUAUGUGGUGUGCUUCCUGCCGUACCACGCCUCCAGAGCCACGUUCAUCCUGGGGUACGCCCACCCAGAUGUCUCCUGCCAGACCAGGCGAGGUCUGUCCUUGGCCAACCGCCUCACCUCCUCCCUCACCUGUCUGAACGGAGCCCUGGACCCCCUGGUAUACCUGUUUGGGGCCGAGAAGUUCCGGGGAACGGUGAGGAGGCUGUUCUGUAGAGACAGGGCCGGGGGAUCAGGGGCCACCAGCGCAGGAGAGCUGAAGGGAACACACGAGAGCUCUGUCAGCGCCAAGUCGGAGUUCUGAGGAGCAGGAGGUGGGACCAUCUGAAAUAUGAACUCUGUCUGACUGACUUAUUUUUAAGUCAUUUUUUAAAGACAUUUUUCUACCUGUUUUCACUCAAGCCUCUGCCAUCCCAAGACCUCUUUUUAUACUGCCGCUCCUAUCUAUAUGGGACUGGAACUUUGUUCUGUACUGCCGCUCCUAUCUAUAUGGGACUGGAACUUUGUUCUAUACUGCCGCUCCUAUCUAUAUGGGACUGGAACUUUGUUCUAUACUGCCGCUCCUAUCUAUAUGGGACUGGAACUUUGUUCUGUACUGCCGCUCCUAUCUAUAUGGGACUGGAACUUUGUUCUAUACUGCCGCUCCUAUCUAUAUGGGACUGGAACAUUGUUCUAUACUGCCGCUCCUAUCUAUAUGGGACUGGAACUUUGUUCUAUACUGCCGCUCCUAUCUAUAUGGGACUGGAACUUUGUUCUAUACUGCCGCUCCUAUCUAUAUGGGACUGGAACUUUGUUCUAUACUGCCGCUCCUAUCUAUAUGGGACUGGAACUUUGUUCUGUACUGCCGCUCCUAUCUAUAUGGGACUGGAACUUUGUUCUAUACUGCCGCUCCUAUCUAUAUGGGACUGGAACAUUGUUCUAUACUGCCGCUCCUAUCUAUAUGGGACUGGAACUUUGUUCUAUACUGCCGCUCCUAUCUAUAUGGGACUGGAACUUUGUUCUAUACUGCCGCUCCUAUCUAUAUGGGACUGGAACUUUGUUCUGUACUGCCGCUCCUAUCUAUAUGGGACUGGAACUUUGUUCUAUACUGCUGCUCCUAUCUAUAUGGGACUGGAACUUUGUUCUAUACUGCCGCUCCUAUCUAUAUGGGACUGGAACUUUGUUCUAUACUGCCGCUCCUAUCUAUAUGGGACUGGAACUUUGUUCUGUACUGCCGCUCCUAUCUAUAUGGGACUGGAACUUUGUUCUAUACUGCCGCUCCUGUCUAUAUGGGACUGGAACUUUGUUCUGUACUGCCGCUCCUAUCUAUAUGGGACUGGAACUUUGUUCUAUACUGCCGCUCCUAUCUAUAUGGGACUGGAACUUUGUUCUGUACUGCUGCUCCUAUCUAUAUGGGACUGGAACUUUGUUCUAUACUGCCGCUCCUAUCUAUAUGGGACUGGAACAUUGUUCUAUACUGCCGCUCCUAUCUAUAUGGGACUGGAACUUUGUUCUAUACUGCCGCUCCUAUCUAUAUGGGACUGGAACUUUGUUCUAUACUGCCGCUCCUAUCUAUAUGGGACUGGAACUUUGUUCUGUACUGCCGCUCCUAUCUAUAUGGGACUGGAACUUUGUUCUAUACUGCCGCUCCUGUCUAUAUGGGACUGGAACUUUGUUCUGUACUGCCGCUCCUAUCUAUAUGGGACUGGAACUUUGUUCUGUACUGCCGCUCCUAUCUAUAUGGGACUGGAACUUUGUUCUGUACUGCCGCUCCUAUCUAUAUGGGACUGGAACUUUGUUCUGUACUGCCGCUCCUAUCUAUAUGGGACUGGAACUUUGUUCUGUACUGCCGCUCCUAUCUAUAUGGGACUGGAACUUUGUUCUGUACUGCCGCUCCUAUCUAUAUGGGACUGGAACUUUGUUCUGUACUGCCGCUCCUAUCUAUAUGGGACUGGAACUUUGUUCUGUACUGCCGCUCCUAUCUAUAUGGGACUGGAACUUUGUUCUGUACUGCCGCUCCUAUCUAUAUGGGACUGGAACUUUGUUCUGUACUGCCGCUCCUAUCUAUAUGGGACUGGAACUUUGUUCUGUACUGCCGCUCCUAUCUAUAUGGGACUGGAACUUUGUUCUGUACUGCCGCUCCUAUCUAUAUGGGACUGGAACUUUGUUCUGUACUGCCGCUCCUAUCUAUAUGGGACUGGAACUUUGUUCUGUACUGCCGCUCCUAUCUAUAUGGGACUGGAACUUUGUUCUGUACUGCCGCUCCUAUCUAUAUGGGACUGGAACAUUGUUCUAUACUGCCACUCCUAUCUAUAUGGGACUGGAACUUUGUUCUUUGGGAAAUCAAUUAUAGCUUGUUUCAUCAUCAUGUCUCUUCAGUUGUAACUAUUUUCAACCCUGCUAAAGUGCUGGUAAAGACCAAAUCAAUGGAUGACAUCCUAGUUGUAAUUCUAAUUGUACAGUAUUUCACCUUUUUUAAGAGGGAAUGCAUACCUUUUGCUGCCACUCUUAGUAGAUCUUGAUCUGUUCAUUCUUUUAAAAUCUUGCUUAGUAAUGCCUAAUAUGCUUUGGGCAAGUGUAUGAUUAUGAUAAUACAAUCUUAUUCUCACUAAUUAAAGUGUAUUCAAUGUUUCUGACCAAGUUAAUUAAUGUUACAAUCAAAUGUUUUUACUGUAUAUAUUUUCUCAUGUAAUCCCAAUUAACAUUCCUUUGUCAUCUUACACCAAAUAAUUUAGCCAUUCAUUUCAAAAUGAUAUAUAGGCUAAAUCUCUUACCAACUUUCUAGCUAAAUGUUAUACAAUGUUUGACACUGAAGUUUAUUCAUCACUGUCUUCAAAUGUAUGUGUUUGGACGUGAGUUUGCCAGCCUGUUUGUUUGCGAGCGACUGUUUCCUCAAUGCAUUGUAAUUGCUAUGCAUCCUCACAUAGCAUUUGAUAUUGCAGAAAGGAAGCUAUAGGGUUUAAUACGAUAUCAAAGGGGCCCAGUCUGAGCAGUGACCAACUGUUCACACCUAAAAUAUCCAAUGUUGGCCUUUUUCUUAUUUGUACGUUUGACUGUAUCUUCAUUUUGGGACUGUAAAUUAAUAAAUUGUUACAUCUA